CCCAGGCGCGGAGCGCGCCUCUGUCCGCGACCAGGCAGCAGAGAGUGAGUGAGUGAGAGGAGCGGAGGAGUCCAGCGGCUCCGGCACUUGUUUGUCUCUCUCUCUCCGUGCGACUGCUCCUCCUCCUCCUCCUCCUCCUCCUCCUCCCGCUGCGCAGCCGGUUCAGGGUGUGACAAACACCUGGCGUGUCACAUUUGGGCUGCGUUUCUCUCUCUCGCCUGAGCGGAGGACGCGGGUGACUUGACUUUUAUCCCGUGGCUCCUCUUGCCGGUGGGUCUUUGGAUGUUGGUGGUUUUUAUCCAGCCGAGCCAGAUGUUCCGGGCACGCGCGCACUCACGCGGGCUCCAGCUGCGGAUCGUCCGGUGAUUUCGUGUUUCGGUUCUUUCGGUGCUGAUGCCGCGCGCCGGUUGGUCAGGGGGCCAAAGUUGAAGAGCCGUGAGCUCCAAAUGCAUUCGCUCCUGGGCCGGGAAAAGAAAGAAGAAGAAGCCGGGUUCGGGAUCGGGAUCGACCUGGGUCUGUCUCCGGGCUUCCCGCCCCACGCUGCCGCCAUGUUCAGCUGUGUGGGCUGCUUCUGGGUGCUGCUCUCCUCCGCCCUGGUCGCCGUCUGCAGCUUCAGCUUCAUCUCCCCCGCCUGGAUUGUCAAGGACCAGCUGAGGAACAACAACCACCACAACCAGCAGCAGCAGCAGCAGCACCUGCACAACAAGGACUCGGUGAGCUUCGGCCUGCUGUGGCACUGCUCGGAGUCUCUGGACCACAUGUACCGGUGCUACACCUUCGGGGGACUGGGCAGAUUCGCGGAGAUCCCCUCCAGCUCCUGGCAGACCAGUGCGGUGCUGUGUUCAGGCGGCUGUGCUCUGCUGGCUGUCAGCUCCCUGUUGGCCAUCAUCACCAUCUUCCUGCCCAGUGGAGGAUGUGAGAGGAGGAUCUGCACCCUGGCUGGUUACAUGCAGAUGGCUGCAGUGUUCAUCAUGGCCGCCGGUCUGCUGGUCUACCCCUUCGGCCUGAACUCCUCACUGGUGAGGUCCUUCUGCGGGGACGCCGACAUCUACUACGCCGGCGAGUGCCAGAUCGGCUGGGGCUACAUGCUGGCCAUCGUCGGAGUCAUGCUCACGGUCUUCUUGCCCUUCUUUGCCAAAUAUGCACCGAAAGAGCAGCUGUCCCCGACCCCUUUGCCCACGCUGUUAUAGUGCAUUGAAAUGAAGUCUUGUGUUUUUGUUUUUCCCUCCCGGCCACAUUCUCUAACCUGGACUUGAUGUCACGGAGAGACUCCUGCAUCCCAUUUUUACUGCUGGGAAGCCCUCCUCAGUGAUAACUGAAGCAACAAACACUGUCUUCCUACAUCAUUGUGUCAUGAAUUCGAAUUCAGUUCUUUGAAAUGGAAUGUUUUUAUGUUACAAUAAAACUCUGUGGUUAUGAUUUUGAGCCUCGUGUCAGAAGUUUUCCCCCAGUAUAUCUGUUCCUUCAUGUCAGCUGUGGGGGGGGGGGGGGGGGACUGUCAGAUGAUGCAAAGAGUAAUAACUAAAUGUGAUAAAUGUAUUUUUUUGUUUUUUCUCCCUCUAUUGUGAAAAAACAAGUCACCGCGCUCAGUGUGCAACAUUCCUAAACAGACGUUGGAAGUUGCGCGGAUAGAGACGAUGAGCUCAUGUGGCAGUAUGACAAGAGGUUGUGACUCACAGAGAGAGACAAUUCUUAACAGACAGAGUCCAUCAUGGUCUCGAUUUGACAGAGCUAACGUUUGAGCUUUGAGAAAAAAAACAAUUGAAAGGUGAACUCUGAUGCUUAUGGGGGAUUUUUGCUCUUCAGACUUUGUUCUGCCUCUCGGUCUUGCGAGCGGGAGCGGGAACCAGCGGGAGUCAAGAAUAUGUUUCAACUUUUCGACGACAGCACUUUCAGUAACCUGUCACGAAGAUAAGGACAAUUAACACAGCGUCGGACCUGCCAAGAGGACCAAAUGGAAAUGAUGGAAGUCUCUUCAGAUAACAAGAAAGUGAAUUCUGAUAACAUUUGGUGGCUUCAUAAAACAGUUUACGUUGGGAUACUACAUCCUUUUGUUAAUCUUUUCCCCCCAGAAUCCUUUGUGUCGUGUAACCUGCUUGUUGAACAUGAACAAUUUGUUUUGCCUGCAACUCACAAUACUAAACUACAAUUCAGGAAAAAAAAUAUGAGCGAUCGCAAAAGGCAGGGAGAUGUAGGAAUUUUGUCCCAAAAAAAAAUGCAUGAUACGAUGGGCUUUGUUAAUAUGGUAGAACAAUUGAUCUAGAUUUUAAAUGUGAUCUGACCAACUUGUGCCUUUUAACAUAACCAAGACAAGUGUUUAAUACAAUGAUCAGGUUAUUAUCUUUUUUUCUUUUUCUUCUGCUGAAGAACUGUGGGUCCUGUUGUGUGAAGUGAUUUGUUAUUUCACUUUUUUUACCCUGUUAUAUUUUUUUCUUCCUCUCAGAGGUGAAGUGUUUCUCGUGUACUUGAUGCAGUAUGAUCUCAUUAACCUGAGAAUAUGCUGGUGGGGGGGAAUAUAAUUGUCUUGUAAUCCUUGGAGGUAAUGACAGAGAGUUGGGGGGGAAGCAGUGCACUUGUGUUCAAAUUAUGCCCUGAGAUAUUUUUUCCAAUUAUCUUGUAGAGUUACAUCACUUGAAUCGCUAUAUUAAAAAGGUUGUGACACGCGGCUAACAGAUUAAUUCCUGGCCUUUUGUCAUCUGUGCUGAGCUGACACAUUACUCAUAUUGUGCAAAAACGUGGCUUCAAAUAAUUAACCCCCCAUAUAAGCAAACGUGUUGGUGUGUUUUGUUCCCGUCCAACCCACGUCUCCUUUUGAAGCGCUGGCACCGUUCCCUGUCGUGUUCUGAGGACAAAUUGUCUACUUCUCCCACCUACUGUCCCUGCACACUGCCAAUUUAAUCAAGCUGGACUCCCCUUUUUCUAGUGUGUGUUCAUGUGCGUAUUUGUGUUUAACAAUUUGGAGUCUGCCAACGGUUUAAACUUCGAAAUAUUCCGAAAAUUCGGGCUCCCACAAUGACAUAUCCUGACAUUUAGAAAUUGACUGUGAUGAUGUCUCCCCAUUUGACAGGUUGGGAAAGAAUUGUUGGUAUUGUACUGGACCUCAUACUGUGCUCGGCUGUGGGAGUGAAUGGCGUAACUGCACUGGACUUGUUCCCCUUAUUUGUUGAACCAUUGUUUGUAGUCUCAGCACUGGUGAAAGUGUUUUUGGUAGAGUAGAUUAUUGUUUUUUUUCUCCCGCAUUGUGAUGUUUGACUGUAAAUAAACCUAACUGUACUUGAUAUCACACGUUAUUCUUAACUGCCCCCAUUUUUGAAAGAUAUAUUUUGAGAUAUUACCCCGUCGUGUUUGCUUUUCCCCGACUCAAACCCUAAACAAUGUUGGCUGUUCUGUGAAAUUUUUCUUUGUAAUAAAAAAAUACUUCAGAACUUA